CAGCCAUCCCAAGUCUGGAUGGAGGCUUACUGUCGGGCCUCAAUGGUCUUCUGUUAAGCGUACAGGGCCGGGAUCGAGUCCAGCGCCUGGAAUGCAGCAGGGCUUUCACUCAUCCUACCUUAAUGCCAUCUCUUCGUCAAAUACUAACUCUUCUACCCAGCAGCAGCAACAACAACAACGACUACAGUCAACGACUUCCGUAAAAGACAGUGACAGCGACUCUUCUCCCACCAAUCGCUUGAUCGAGCAUCAAAGAGCACUCCAGCAAUUCCAUGAAAAUCAACGUCAACAACAGCUAUAUCUAGAGCAGUUGGAGUUGAUGCAGCGCCUACAGGCCAUGCCUGGCAGCACCACUAGGCCAUGGUAUCCUACUUUUGGGCCAGCAAUCACGACCUCAUGUACCGAUAGCACAAUCCAACUCGACAAUCCUAAUCAGUUUACAUUAAUCAAUAACUCAAAGUUCAACCGACACGCUGUCGGCCCACAUUGGCGAUCGAUCCAAAAUACAACUGCAUACUCUCCUAAACCCUCACCUCCUUCCUCAUCCCCACACUCGCAAACUCCUAUUGUCUCGUCACCAUCCUCUACAUCCAAUAACAAUAUCUCAACUACAGCAGCCCUUCACGCCUACUUAUCCGCCAACUAUUCUUCCCCAGCUUCUAUUGAUCACGCUCGAGCCACCUCCUUUCAUCAACAAGAUCAAGAGAUGAACGCCAUUACAUCCGAGGAUCAAGAUGGGCAGUUACCAUACUCGUCUCAACAUCCAACGGCCCAACGUCAAUAUUACCUCUCACACUCCUACCCCCAUGAUCCACGUCAUCACUUGCUGCUCAAUAGCACGCAGCCAAGUAGUUCAAGAGAGGCUCGUGAGACUCUUCCUUUGACCAAUCGAGCAUCACCCGUACAUGCUUCAAUUCCCUCCUUCUUAUCCUCCUCUUCCUCACUUUGCAGCAAACCUUCCCAACUUUCUUAUUCAACCCAGUUACCUCAGCCUAGACAGAACUCCAAGCGAAAGGCAGUAUGGGACGAUGAUGAUGAGGACGAGGAUGAAGGUGUGAAUGAAAGCAAUGGGGGUGCUAACCACAAUGAUGAUAAAAAUGAUGAAGGUAUGCACGGUCAAACUCCAGUUCAGUACUUCAUACCAGUUGCCAUGGCAACAGGCCAAGGCUCUCAAUUGCAAUCUACUUCAAUUGCUCAUCAAUAUCAAGACUUUGAUCAAGAAAUGGACAGUACAGAGUCAUCUAGUCCAAUAGUCAUGGACACGACAAUAUCAACAACAGUGACAACAACGACGCUGGGUACAGAACAGGAUGAUAUGGGGAUUAUGACUAUUGGAGCCAGUGGUAGCUCAAAUGAGGUGCAAAAAAGUUCCAAUCCCAAGCGGUCAAAGCAGCGACUAACUCAGCAUGUGUAUGACAGCAAAGGGGAGCAGGUCCAAGAUCUGAUGAAAGAAUGCUUUUUUAAUGCGGCAGCCUCUUCAAGAUGAUCAAAUGACAUGUCUACUUUUUAUUAUAUUACCCUUUUCUCUCUUUCUCUCUUCCUCUGCUGGC